AUCUCAAUCACUACGCAAUUCAAGCAAACAAGCAAGAUUUUACUACCUACCUAUCGAUAAGAAUCUCAAUCAACCAGAUCUUCACCGACGUCAUAUAAAACCUCACAUAUACUCCGUAGCUAUUUCACACACCGUUACCCUUACCGUUACACCCGACCCAUCAUCCAUCCACUCACCAGAAAAGAAAAGCAAAGAAACUUUUCCCAAAGCGAGCCUUGUCACUUUAGUCGUCAGCAUUUACCCAGCGCAUCGCAUAUCCAUCCACCCAUCCCAUCCUGCUCUCCACAUUCUUGUUUUCCACCCUUGUAACUCUUCGUCUCGAAGGAAUCAGACAAGCCAGUUCGAGGCAAGAAAGCAAGCAACCAAGCAAGCAAAACCCACCAUCCACAUCCUAUCCCCAAUCCAAGAUCCCAUACCCACCAACCACACCCCCAUUCCCUUCCCAAACGACGAGCUAGCUAGGUCGAGAAACAAGGCUGCAUCAUACCCAAAAGCAGGGCAAAUCCAUCCCAACCUCAAUUCAUUCACUCUGUGUCUAUGGGUGGGAUUGUGAUUCAAUAAGAGGACCUAGCUUCGCAUCUUGUCGACGAACUUUUUUCUUCUUCUUCUUUCUUUCUAUUUAUCACGUAUCUAGAUAUUCACUGCUUUGAUUCAGUGAGAUUUUAUUUCUCGUUGCUUCCUGAAGUGAAGCAAGCACAUCGUUGUGUGGAAGCGAAUUUUAUUCGUACGUUUGCGACUCGGCUUUAGCAGCAGCAGCAUCAUCAUCGUCGUUGUCGCAUCAGAUAAGCCGACUUCAGCUGCAAGUUAUAUUUCACCAUAACUAUAUCACAACCACAAUCAUAAUCGCAAUCAUAAAAUCAAAAACAAUCGCAAAGAUUUGCUCUUCGCUGUCGCAUCAAUAAUAACAUACUUUUCUCACUCCCCGCACAAAAUCUGAAAAGGAUAAUAAACUCCUCACAAUGCUUUUCGGAAUGUUCUUCGCCUUUUGGCGCUUUUGCGAGAUCAUAACUCUGAUCCCAACCCUAGGCAUGCUCGCCUUCUUCGUCAACAUCUACGCAUCCAACAACGCGCUGACGCCCAACUACAUCCUGGUGCUCUUCAUCGUCUCGGUGCUCGCGUGCGCGUGGGCCAUCGCCACCCUCUUCACGUACCACCGCACGCGCUCCAACGCGCUCUUCGUCUCCUUCAUCGAUCUCUGUUUCGUGGGGGCCUUUAUCGCCGGCGUCUACGAGCUGCGCUUCAUCACCAAUUCCGAUUGUGCGCAUCUGGCGACGACCCCCGGGUACUAUAUCAAUUUCGGGGCGUUUGGAAAUGCGAAUAUUAAUGGGGUGAGUGUGAAGGUUGAUAAGACGUGUGCGAUGCUCAAAGCGUGCUUUGCGUUUGGAAUCAUGAAUUGCAUCUUCUUUUUUAUCACGAGUUUGCUGGCUUGUAUGGUGGGGAAGGGUCAUGAGAGGGCGGGGAGGAGAGAUGAGAAGGUUUAUGUGAGGGAGACUCAUGUGACCAGACAUGGACAUCGGAGAAGUGGAAGUCAUAGGAGUAGAAGGAGUGGGAGUCAUAGGAGGACGUAUGUUUAAGGGAGGGGAGGAAGUGGAUGUGUUUUGAUGGGAUGGGAUGGAAUGGAAUGGGAAGGAUAGGUUGGAGAGGGAGUUACGGCCGAUUUAAUGUUUUACUUUUGGGGAAUGAAUGACUGAAUGAAUGAAUUGGAUGGAUGGAAUCGGAUGAGAGGUUGGGAUUGGAUUGGAAGGAAUGAGAAAAUGAUAAGCUUGGUCUGGAUAAAUAAGUAAGAUAUGUUAUUAUGUAUCUUUGAAUGAGGACGAAAUGAAAUGAAAUAGGAUAGGAUAGGAUAGGAUAGGAUAAUGACCUCGGGAAUCAACGCGAUAAUCCACAUACAUACAUACA